AUGCUGCUUACAACUAGUUUUCCUUCUGAUAGUACGAACGAUCUCGAUUCCUACAAGCACGACUUCGAGCGGCUGCACGGCUACGCGCCCGCCGGUUAUAGCGACUCGAACGGGAAUGAAGCGACGAACACGGCGGCCGGGAACUGUUCGGCCGGCGGAAACGAUGCGUUUAUGCGACCGCCUCUCUGGGAAGAUAUCGCUUCUAGCAUACAGAAUAUCGAUCCUGAAAAUGCUGACAUGCUCACUGUGGCCCACGUUAAGGUGGAAGAACUGGAUGAUCUCGACUCCGGACAGCUGCCUAGUCCUUUGCUGAGUCCUUUAGAAAUAAAAACUGAAAAGAAUUCGCAACUGCAUCAUCUCGACGUGUCUCACUUACUUCAGUCACAUAAUAAUAAUAAUAAUGAACAUCAUCAGACGCAAAAUCACUCUUUGCAUUCAUUGCAAACGACGCACGAUUUAAACGCAGCACAGGGCGGGUUACCCUAUCAUGGAAUGAAUACUCAUUCGCAACAUCAAACACAUCAACAGCAGCAGAUAUUCUGUAAUCCUUUGUUGCAAAAUUACUCGAAUAAACAAUAUGGAACACAUAGUCCGCCUUAUCCAGCAGGUCCUGUAUCUCGGCUCAUGUAUUCUUCGCCCCUCACACCGCCUAGUUCCGACCCUGGCAGCCCAGGAAAUACUUUACAACCCCCAAGAAGGACCCCACCGCCGCCUUAUCCCGUACCAGCGCACAUGCGCCUUCACAAUCCCCACGUGCAUCGGCAUUUGCAAACCUCAAGUCACCAUCAAGGAUCAUCACAUAAUCACCACCAAAUGACAACACAAGGUCAUCAACAUAAUGCAACAACAGGGCAAACUGUACCUGUCGGACAUCACACAUCACAAGGACCUUUGCAACAAAAUACGAGUCAUCAACAUAAUCAAUCCAUGGCUCAAGGUCACCAACAAACUAAUCCAGGACAUCAACAACGGAAUGGUGGACAAACUGUUCCUACGCCGAGAUACACUAGAAGGAAUAACCCAGAAUUGGAGAAACGGAGGGUUCAUCAUUGUGAUUUUUUAGGCUGCACAAAAGUUUAUACUAAAAGUUCGCACCUGAAAGCUCAUCAAAGGAUACAUACGGGUGAGUGA